AUGAUCGAAAAUCAAGAUGCUUUAUUUCACCCAAUGCUAAUGCCAACAAGAUGGCUUCGAGAUGAAAAGGAAGCAAAGCUAAAUGCUGCAGUACAAUUGGAAAGAGAGAACAUUCUUAGUAAAAAUAUGGAUUUAAAUAAUAUAUUGAAGUUGCCAGAUAGGCAUGUUUGCAAUAUUGAUGAUAUUAAAGAUCCAACAAAAUACCAAGAUAAAGGUAGACCUGCUAGUAAUCGUAUUAAGGCUUAUAAUGAGAAUAAGAAGGUGAAUAGUAGUAUAUCUAAAAGAGGAAAUGCUUCCAAAAAUCUUGAGAACACAGUAGAAAAUGAUAAUACCA